AGAGCUCUAGGGAGGUCGUGUCCAGCUUGCAGGAUGAAAGCCGUGGUGUUGGCCGUGGCUGCGCUCUUCCUAGCGGGGGGCGAGGCUCGGCAUUUCUGGCAGCGAGAUGAGCCCCAGGCGAGCCCCUGGGAUAAAAUUAAGGAGUUCACCACUCAGUAUGUGGACUCGGUGAAAGACAGCGGCAGCGAAUACCUGAAGCAGUUUGAAACCUCUGCCUUGGGAACACAGAUGAACCUGAAACUCACGGAGAACUUGGACACGUUGAGCUCCACCUUCAGCAAGCUGCGUGAGCAGCUGGGCCCGGUGACCCAGGAGUUCUGGCAGAAUCUGGAGAAGGACACCGAGUGGCUGAGGCAAGAGAUGAACAAGGACCUGGCGGACAUGAAGCAGAAGGUGCAGCCCUACAUGGAGCAGUUCCAGAAGACGUGGCAGGAGGAGGUGGAGCGCUACCGCCAGAAGGUGGAGCCCCUGAGCACGGAGCUGCGCGAGGGCGCGCGCCAGAAGCUGCAGGAGCUGCAGGAGAAGCUGGCGCCGCUGGGCGCCGACCUGCGCGACAGCGCGCGCGUGCACGUGGACGCGCUGCGCACGCAGCUGGCGCCCUACAGCGAGCAGAUGCGCGAGCGCCUGGCCGAGCGCCUGGCCGCGCUCCGGGACAGCCCCAGCCUGGCCGAGUACCAAGCCAAGGCCCACGAGCACCUCAAGACCCUGCACGAGAAGGCCCAGCCCGCCCUCAGCGACCUGGGCCAGGGGGUGCUGCCCGUGCUGGAGAGCCUGAAGGCCACUCUCGUGGGUGCCAUCGAGGAGGCCUCCAAGAAGCUCAGCUCCCAGUGA